AUGAUCGACGCGGAGAAAGAAGGAGGAGGAGGAAGAGGAGCACUGUCAAAAACAGAGAAGGACCAGAGCUGGAUCCCAAAAGUAAUAAAGAAGAGACACUGUACAACCUUUGUCGAGGACUCUUUCAGUAAUGGCCAGCUGUGUCAGUGUGGAGAAACACGGGACAAGCAUGCCUCCGCCGCCCUGGGUGAUUACUUCAGCACGGCGAUUGUCAGUCAUUGGGAAAGUGCGCAGCAUUCUUCCGAAUCUCCCACCGACGCCUUUGGAGAGAUAGAGUUCGCUGGUGCCACCAAGAGACACAGCUAUUUCCUGCGUCUAUCUGGGGACACACGUCCAAAUAUAGCCUACAACCUUAUGACUGUCCACUGGGGUCUGACUCCUCCCAACCUGGUCGUUUCAGUUGUGGGUGGUGAGGGAAGGGCAAAGGUCAAGACCUGGGUGCGAGAGGUACUUAGACAAGGAUUGGUCAAGGCCUCACAAAGCACAGGAGCUUGGAUUCUGACCCAGGGGCUGAGAGAGGGCGUGGGGAGGUGUGUAGGGGAGGCGGUGAGAGAUCACGCAACCGCUGCAUCCGCCGUCUCUCUCUCCAAGGUCGUCCCCAUUGGCAUCGCCCCGUGGGGUUUGGUUCAAAACCGAGAACAGCUUGUCAACCCAGAGGGCAGUUUCCCAGCACGGUAUUACGUUGCAAACACAUCCCGUGACUCCUGUUGGUUGGAUAAUAACUAUCAGGCCUUCCUGUUGGUAGAUGAUGGUACUGUAGGACGAAGAGGGGGUGAGGCUUCCUUCAGGGCCCACCUAGAGGACUUCAUUUCCCAUCAGCGCACAGGCAUCUGGGGAACUGGAAGCAUGGACAUACCUGUUCUGUGUAUGCUGAUAUCAGGAGAGGUCAACAUGCUCGAGAGACUGGAUCUUUCUUUGAAAAAUUCCAUGCCCUGGCUGAUUCUGGCGGGGUCAGGAGGGGUGGCUGACUUUGUGAGUGAUCUCCUGGAGAACCUGGUAUCUGCUCCUGUGGGAACAGAGGGGGAGGUGGAGGCGGCUUCCAACGUAGAUCUCAGAGAAAGAGUUGGAGAAAGAGUGAAGAAAUAUUUCUCCUCCGAGCCAGAGAUAGACAAACUAAUAGAGAGGGCCCUCAGUAUCUACCAGAACAGAGACCUCAUCUCCAUCUACCACGGAGAGCAGGAGGGGCCUGAUGACUUUGACACUGUACUGCUCAAGGCUCUAGUCAGAGCCAGUAAACAGCGUGAUUCCAUUCAUGCCAGUCCCUAUACUGAGGAACUUAAGCUGGCAGUGACUUGGAAUAGAGUGGACAUCGCCCGGAGUGAGCUCUUUAACGGUGACAUCCAGUGGAGGUACGAGGACCUGGAGGAUUCCAUGACCGACGCACUGGUGAAUGACAAACCCCAGUUUGUGCGCCUGUUCACCGAAAACGGGCUCAACAUCCUUGAUUACCUGACCUACGGACGCUUGGAGAGCCUGUACCGCUCCGUUUCAGACAGCUCCCUGGCCUACACCUUACUCCAGCGUCGCCUCGCAGAGCGCCUGGCUGUCACUCAUGGACACUCCUCUAACGAGAGCACAGAACUCCUCGACCACUGCCCAAAGAUCAUGAACGCUGCUCGUCAGGUCAAAGAACUCAGCCUUUAUGAGGUGUCCCGGGUGUUGGGGGACUUGCUUGGGGAUGUGUGCCAGCCUUUUUUCUAUGCUCCUCUGGGAUUAGAAAACAUCAAGUCAACAAGAAGAGAAUUUCGGAAAGCAUGUAAGUUGUUACAGGGGCCCUGUGUGUAUCGGCAGCAGCGGUGCCUCUAUCCGUGGGCUUGUCUCUUUAUCUGGGCUGUUCUGCAGAACCGCAGUGAGAUGGCCGUCUUCUUUUGGGAAAUGGCAGGGGAGUCAGUACUCAGUGCUUUGAGUGGUUGUAGGUUGCUGAGGGAACUCUCUAGACUGGAGACUGAGACUGAGACAAAACUUUCCAUGAAAGAGUUGGCUCAGCGGUUUGAGAACCUGGCCCACGACGUGUUUGGUAAAUGUUACCAGAGCAGCGAGAACCGUUCUUUCACGCUGCUGAUCAGGAAGUCUCCGGUGUGGGGCGGGACCACGUGUCUACAGAUGGCUGUGGGAGCUGACGCCCGUCUCUUCUUCAGUCAUGAUGGUGUGCAGUCCUUGCUGUCUCAGAUCUGGUGGGGUGAUAUGGAGAGAAAUACAGCAGUGUGGAAACUGAUCCUCACGCUCUUUAUCCCUCCUCUGUGUUACACCAACCUCAUCACUUUCAGGGAAGAGGAGCAGCCAGAGGAGGAAAAAACUGAUGAACCUGCUCAGGCAAAAGAGGCUGACUGGAUUUAUGGAGAAACCAUUUUCUCUUUCUCUGACAUCAAGCACCAUGAAACAGAACUCGAGGACAUGGGCAGUAUCAGAAUCACUUCUAAAGGAACGCCGGUUUUGCCCGUGCAGGCCAGGAAACGCCCCUUCUUCGUGUCCCGUUGGCGGCAGUUCUGGAUUGCACCUGUCACCUCCUUCCUCGGCAACGUGCUGAUGUAUUUCCUUUUCCUACUUCUGUUUGCGUACGUGCUGUUGGCCGAUUUCAAGCCGCCGCCCCCUGCUGGCCCGUCUGUGUCAGAGUACGUGCUGUAUUUCUGGAUAUGGACCAUGGUGUGUGAGGAGAUUCGACAGACAUUUUUUGUGGGUAAUAUGACUCUUCGUCAGAGAAUUAGGCAGUACAGUCAGGAUGUGUGGCAUAAGUGUGACCUCGCUGCUAUCUGCCUCUUCAUCUUUGGCUUAUUCUGCAGGAUGUUUAAGGGGUCCUAUAGAACUGGCAGAGCAUUUUUGUGUCUGGACUACAUGGUCUUCACCCUCAGACUCAUCCACAUCUUUGCCAUUCACAAACAGCUUGGACCCAAAAUCAUCAUUGUCGGCAAAAUGAUGAAGGAUGUGUUUUUCUUCCUGUUCUUCCUUGCUGUGUGGAUCAUGGCGUAUGGAAUAGCCAAUCAAGCUCUGAUUUACUCCUAUGACCCUCGUCCUGAUAGGAUAUUUCGCAGAGUGUUCUACAGGCCGUACUUGCACAUAUUUGGCCAGAUUCCAGUGGAGGAAAUGGACACUGGCAAGAAGUGGGAUGUGGAUUUGGAAUGCACAAAUAAUGUGACCUUGGUUGAAGAGGGUGCAGAGCCGUGCAGAGACACCUACUCUAACUGGCUGGUGGUCAUUCUACUGGUCAUCUACCUGCUGGUCACAAACAUCUUACUUAUCAAUCUUCUCAUCGCCAUGUUCAGCUACACCUUCACAAAAGUUCAGGAGCGCAGUGACACAUAUUGGAAGUUCCAGCGGUAUAAUCUGAUAGUAGAAUAUCACUCCCGCCCUUCCCUGGCCCCUCCCUUCAUCAUCCUCUCCCACCUCCACCUCUUCAUCAAGAGAAACAUUCGCAAAGUGCCUUCCGUCAAGAUCCAUCAUUUUGCUGUAGACCUGAAGGGGAAAGUUGCUAAUAGGCUUUUGACGUGGGAGAGCAUUCAGAAAGAGAACUUCCUGUCGGCCGAGAACAAGAAACAAAGAGCAAGUGACUCGGAGAGGAUCAGACGAAUGACUGUCAAGGUAGACGAAGUAAUCAAACAGGUUGCAGAAGUGAGGGAUGUUGAACGCAGACUGAGAGUGCUUGAGUCAGAGAUGGAAUUCUGCUCCAGUUCUCUCAAGUGGAUUGUUGAGGUUCUUUCUCAAAGCAGUGGAAUGAAGAUCACACGCCCCCCUCCCUCCCAGAAAGGUGCUUUAGUAACUGAACUGAAAAUGCUGUAA